CCAUCAUCUUAAAGUUAAAAAGCUUCUUAAAAAUCAUAUAAAACCUUUUUUUCAUAAACAAGCGGUUGUUUGUUGCUCUCCUGUGUGAGUCUUCUUAUCCAACUAAAAUCGGCGCUCUUCACAAACCAAGUACCCUAGUCGAAGAAAAGUUCAUAAAGCAGUAACGACGUACCUAAAUUUCUGAAAAAACCCCUUCGAACUGCGCACAUCCCCCGCCUCAACGCAAUAAAACUCAUAAAACAAUGUCUGCUCCUGUUGUAGCUGAAACAUCUGCUAUAUCGACCGUGGAAGCUGCUGGUGUCCCUGCCGUCGCUCCUCCUUCUGGUGCGGCUCCAAUGCCGGCGAUAGCUCCUGCUCCCGCUCCCACUUACGCGCCUCAAGGCUCGGCUGCCUCUACCCCCAGUGCCUCCCUUUACGUAGGAGAGCUUGACCCCACUGUCACUGAGGCUAUGCUUUUUGAAAUUUUCAACAUGAUCGGGCCCGUCGCCAGUAUCCGUGUUUGCCGUGACGCAGUCACCCGUCGUUCGCUCGGUUAUGCCUAUGUUAACUAUCUGAAUACUAGUGACGGUGAACGUGCUCUUGAGCAGCUGAAUUACUCUCUUAUCAAGAAUCGUGCAUGCCGCAUCAUGUGGUCUCAACGUGAUCCCGCUCUCCGCAAGACGGGUCAGGGCAAUAUCUUCAUCAAGAACCUCGACGAACAAAUUGACAAUAAGGCUCUUCAUGACACUUUCGCGGCAUUCGGAAACGUUCUUUCCUGCAAGGUUGCCACUGACGAGCAUGGCCGCUCUAAGGGCUACGGUUUCGUCCACUACGAAACCGCUGAGGCAGCCGACGGCGCUAUCAAAGCUGUCAAUGGCAUGCUUUUGAACGAUAAGAAGGUUUAUGUCGGUCAUCACAUCUCUCGCAAGGAACGUCAAUCUAAACUCGACGAGAUGAAAGCACAGUUCACCAACCUCUAUAUCAAGAACUUGGAUCCCGAAGUCACUGAAGAAGAGUUUGAGAAGCUCUUCGAACCAUAUGGCAAAGUCACUUCUGCCAUUGUUCAAAAGGACGAAGAAGGAAAGAGUCGGGGCUUUGGGUUCGUCAACUACGAGUCUCACGAAGACGCUCAGAAGGCAGUCGACGCUCUGCAUGACACCGAGCAGCAUGGCCGCAAACUCUUUGUGUCUCGUGCCCAGAAAAAGGCUGAGCGCGAGGAGGAGCUGCGCAAGUCAUACGAGCAGGCUAAGAUGGAGAAGCUGUCCAAAUAUCAGGGCGUUAACCUUUACAUCAAAAACUUGGAGGAUGACGUUGACGACGAGAAACUGCGCGCGGAGUUUGAACCUUUCGGUACCAUCACCAGUUGUAAGGUAAUGCGCGAUGACAAAACAGCUUCCAAAGGAUUUGGUUUUGUCUGUUUCUCUUCUCCAGACGAGGCAACCAAGGCUGUUGCGGAAAUGAACAACAAGAUGAUCGGUUCAAAACCUCUGUAUGUCUCUCUUGCUCAGCGUCGCGAAGUUAGGCGCCAGCAACUGGAGAGCCAGAUCGCUCAGCGCAACCAAAUUAGAAUGCAACAGGCUGCUGCUGCCGGUAUACCUGGAGGAUAUCUCAAUGGACCGAUGUAUUAUCCUCCUGGUCCCGGAUUCCCUCCUCAAGGACGUGGUAUGAUGGGAUACGGUCCGGGAAUGAUGCCUCCUCGCCCUCGUUACCCCAACAAUGGUCAGGUCGCCGGUCUGCCUAUUCCUGCGCCUUAUCAACAACCUCCCCAAGGAUAUGGUAUGCCUGGUUACCCCGGUCGUGGUGGCCCUCGUCCCCCUGCUCCACGUGGCCCCCCUUCUCCAACUCUGCAGAAUGCUGUUCCUCCGCGUCCCAAUGGCGGCGCCCCUCCUAAUGGCGCCUCUCCCAACGGUGCUCCCCGUGCACCCGGCCCUCAGGUCCAAUCCCGUCCUACUGGUGCUCCUGCUCCACCUGCCGGUCGUUCUCCCCAAGGCCUGCAGCCUCAAGGCCAACCGCAGGGCUACAAGCUUAACCCUCAGACCCGUAACGCUCCUGGACAGGCUCCUGUCCCCGAAAUUCCGCCCUUCAACACGGCUGUGCUCGCCAACUCCAGCCCGAUGGAGCAGAAACAAAUGCUUGGUGAACAAAUCUACAUGAGGAUUGCUGGAACACAGCCCGAGCUGGCAGGAAAGAUCACUGGUAUGCUUCUUGAGAUGGAUAACACUGAGCUUCUUCAACUCUUGGAAUCUCAAGAAGCCAUGAACAAUAAAGUUCAGGAGGCUCUUGUUGUUCUUCAAGAAUACAGCAAGGAUGAGUAAGCGCUUGAUUGCGCUUAUUUGACUACUGGUUGUGCAUGAUGUUAGCCGUCUCUUUUUGGAUGGAUACAAUCGUUCUACUGAAGUAUCCAUCCGUCCAUUCAUUUGACUACGUCGAAAUUACCCACCCCAUGCUGUGUUCUGUAUUCGCCUCCUUUGUAUCUGGUUGUUCAUCUUUGCCUUUCUUGUCCCCUCGGGUCAUCUUCACUGCAGGUGUUCGGUUGUACUUACUGGAUGUCGCUUAGGGAUUUUAUCGGUCGUUCCUUUGUGUUACUUAGUCAAGAAAUAGAGAUGAUCAACUGCUGCUUGAAUCAUA